AUGCUCAGGGUUUGCCCCCUGACGGCAGAGGCUGCUGCAUGGCUGGAGAACGGCCGAGGCAUGCGGAGCGCAGUGCAGCAGGGGCAGCGGGAGCGGGAGCGGCUGUCGCCCCUGAGCGCUGGGACCUACGGUGGAUGUGUGUUACGGGAUGCUGGAAGUGAUUUCCAGCGAUGCUUUAGUCCAGGGAGGUACCGCAGAGACAGGAUUUCUCUGCAGCAGCGGAUGGGUGACCACAGUCAGGUCCUCAGCCGUUCCCACUGUUCUGGGAUUCCUGACGCCGGCAUCACCCGUUUCACCGUGUCCGUCACUGCCAAAUCUCCGUUUCCAGAGCUUCAGCAAACGAGCUUGCUGGCAGGAAAUAACGAGCUGUUAGCUUUGAUGCCGUGGCUGCGCAGGUCCGGGCAGCGCGGGCUGCGCCAGCCAGACAGUAAAACUAUCAUUUUCCAUGUCCUGGCCACCACGGGCGCAGAGGGCUCUGCGGAGCCCCUGGGCUGUGGGGGAGGCUGGGGCAGGCGGGAGUGCACAGCGCAGACCCCGCAGGUUUGCAGCAAGUUGCAAAUGUUGCACGUGGCCGGAGCCCUUGUCCCCAGGGCCGUCCUGGGGCAGCUGCCGCGGCUCUGCCCUGCCCAGAGGCAGAUGCAGAUGCAACGCCCCUUUUCUGUCUUCCUCGUGGAGCAGAAGACCACCGAGGUCCGCUCGCUUCUUGGUUUUGUAACCGCAGCUCUAACGGCAUUGCUGCGGCUGCAGAGCCACGCCAGUUUGCCGUUUCCUUUUGUAUCUGGUAAAACCUGCUACAGUGAAAAAGAAAUACCUCAGAUGUUAGCGGUGACAGGGGUAGGAAUGAACAUGAUCUAUUCCAUGACUUUCCAGCAACUGAAAGAAGUAAGAUUUAAAGGGCGACUGGGACCCUUCGCGACCGAGUGCUCCCGACUGUGCUGCUCACGGUCCGGCACCCUCGCGCUAGCGCACCCCAGCACCACACCGGAAAGCCGGGAGGUGCACGGCAGAGAAAUCACUCCCGUACUAAUAGAUGAGUCUCCUCAACGAAAGCGUCCUCCUCUUCCUGCGCUCAGGGAACGGUGUUACAUCUACCAUGAGCUUUGUGUCCAGCGCAUGCCCGCCUUCCUGCCCACGGAGCCCGCACACCGAGGCCAGCACGGGGUGCGGAUACGCCACGCUUUCUUCGCUGCAAGCAGCCCCUCACCCGACCCCAGCUUGAACGGAGGGAGUCGGGAGGCACUGCGGGUACACGCCGGGCGCGUUUCCCAGAGCGUAGUGCAGCAAGGGGGCUCGUGUGCUUCAGGAACUGGUUUCUCUGCUGGGACACAGCCUGACUCCCGUGAAAGUCAGCAGAGGUUGUUUGAGUGUCUAAAGAGGGGUUCUGGGGGAGCUGGGACAGGCCGUGGGCAGGCGAACCAUCAAGAUUUCCCUCUCCAGCGAGCCUGCGGUGGCUCUGGGCAGCCGCCGGGCUUGCUGGCCAGACAGAACUCCUGCCCGCCAGCCAUCCCUAGGCAACAGCAAACAGAAGCCAACGCUCCCAACCCCAACCUGCAGGACAAUGGGCCCAUAAUGCAGAACCAGCAUGCACAGUUUGAAUACCCUAUUCACAGACUGGAGAACAGGAAUAUGCAUCCCUACACCGACCCCGUGUUUAAUAUGCAGCACCCUCCUCCGCAACAGCCACCAAAUCAAAGACUGCAGCACUUCGAUGCCCCCUACGACGAGGUGUCCUCCAGCUCCGACAAUGCUGCCUCCAAGCCCACCCGCAGCCCGCUGCUGGGCGGCUCGCCCAAGCUGCCCCGCGGGGAGCACGCACUUCUCAAUGGACAGAAGCCCCUGGCCCUCGGCCUCCUCAGUACGUCUACCUCGACCCCGGACAGCUACGGGCUCAGCACCACAGCGGGCGCCCACCCCGGCACGCCGGGCAUGGAGCAGGUGCGGACCCCCACGAGCACCUCGGCCCAGGACGAGAUCCACCCCCUGGAGAUCCUGCAGGCGCAGAUCCAGCUCCAGCGGCAGCAGUUCAGCAUCUCGGAAGACCAGCCCUUGGGGCUGAAGAGCAAGAAGGGGGAGUGCACGGGGCAGAAUGGGGACAGCGACCUGGGCAGCUGCUGCUCGGAGGGCGUCAAGGGUGCCAUGAGCACCAUCGACCUGGACUCCCUGAUGGCGGAGCACAACUCCACCUGGUACCUGCCUGGCGAGAAGGCCCUGAUGGAGGGGCAGGAGGAGGACAAGCCCAUGGCACCCUGGGAGAAGCCCAAGCCCACAAACCCCAGCAAAGAAGCCCACGACCUUCCCCCGAGCAAGACCUCGGCCACGGCGCAGACCGGCAGCCACCUGCAGUGCCUCUCGGUCCACUGCACGGACGACGUGGGCGAGGCGAAGGGCCGGACUGCGGUGCCGACGUGGAGGUCCCUGCACUCGGACAUCUCCAACAGAUUUGGGACUUUUGUGGCCGCCCUGACUUGAACAAAAGAAAUUAUUUUUUUUCUCUUUUUAAUUUCAAAGGGCCGCUACUGCUAGGUGGACUAUUUUUCUAGGUUGGUACCUGUUUAGUGGCAUAUGGACUGGAAAGGGUUAAUUUAAAGUAAACCUCAACUUUUUUUUAAUCUUCUGCCACAGUAUGUUACCAGUGUUAACCCUUCUGCAGUUAGCACACUUUUGCUUAAGAUUUUCCUGCUAGACCACUUUUUCCCAUUAUUCUGUAACCUUGGCAUACAUUUAUAGAUGAGGCCUUUUCCUUUUUCAUCUCAGCGUAUGUCCAAGUCACGUAUGUCAUAAUAAGACAAAGAUCCUCCUCCUCCUUUUCUUCCUCAUUUGCUUUGUUUUUCUUUUUUUGUUUUGCUUUGUUCAGUGCUUAUUACAAUGGUGAUCCUGAAGAACAGCAGUUCAGGAAUAAACGCCGGUUAAAGUGAA